AUGGCCUCCUUCGUCGCCCGCCGCACCUUCUCUACCUCCCUCCGCCGCUUCGCCGACGACCACGCCAAGCAGCAGCUCACCCAGGAGUCCAAGCGCAACCCCGAGCUCUACAUCCUCGGUGCUGUCAUGGCUGCCGCGCUCGGCGGUGCUGGUCUCUACUUCGGCCGCACCCCCACCACCUCCACCUCCGAGAGCGCCGUCCUGAAGGCCGGUAUGCCCUGGGAGACCGACUCCGAGGGCAAGUACAAGUACCAUCCCGGCGGCAACCCCAACAACGAGCCCAAGGACGCUCCCAGCGCCGUCAACACCGUCAUCAUCCCCGACGUCACUCUCCCCAAGGAGUUGCACGACAAGUACAACAAGUGGGGCAAGGACGGUUACUAA